CAGAUAAAUUGGAAAUAAACACAAGAGAUUCUGCAGAUGGUGGAAAUCCAGAGCAACCUACAAAAAGCUGUUGGAACUCAUCAGGUCAGGCAGCACCUGCGGAGGGGAAUAAGUAAUCCUCGUUUCCGGCCGAGCCUUCCAUCAGUAUGGCUUUCAGAAGCGAGUAUCCUCCAAGGUCUUGUGACACAUUUGUGGCUUUGCCUCCAGCAACAGUUGAUAAUCAGAUAAUUUUUGGAAAAAACUCAGACAGACCUUCUGAUGAAGUCCAGGAAGUUGUUUUCUUUCCUGCCGCAACCCAUCAAGCAGGAGACAAGGUUGAGUGUACAUACAUACAGGUUGAUCAGGUUGCAAAGACGCAUGCAGUUGUUCUGAGCCGUCCAUCUUGGUUAUGGGGGGCUGAAAUGGGAGCCAAUGAACAUGGAGUAUGUAUCGGCAAUGAGGCAGUCUGGGGAAAAGAAGAACAAAAUGACAAUGAAGCUCUAUUGGGCAUGGAUUUAGUAAGACUUGGACUUGAACGUUCUGAAACAGCAGAGGAGGCAGUCGAUAUUCUUACUGAUCUGCUAGAGAAAUAUGGACAGGGUGGAAACUGCAUGGAAGAUGAAGUUACGUUUACAUAUUACAACAGCUUUCUAAUUGCUGACAGAAAGGAAGCAUGGGUAUUAGAGACUGUUGGUAAAUACUGGGCAGCAGAAAGAGUUUCAGAAGGGGUACGGAAUAUUUCCAAUCAGCUUUCCAUAACAACAAAGAUCAAUAAAGAACACCCAGAGCUGAGAGAUCAUGCAAAGGAUCGAGGCUGGUGGGAUGGUAAAAUAAAGUUCGACUUUGCUGCUGUGUAUUCCUAUCAGGGCUCCACUAAUGAAUUAGAUGAUCGAUAUUGUGCUGGCCUCCGUCUUUUGAAUAAGCAUAAAGGAAAUAUUAGAGUUGAAACAAUGAUGGAAAUUCUCCGGGACAAAGAGAGCGGUAUUAACAUGGAAGGUGGCUUCACAACAACAGGAAGCAUGGUCUCCAUUCUUCCACUGGACACUAAUCUUCACUGCAUUCAUUUUUUUACAGCAACUCCUUAUCCUGAGAGGUCUGUUUUCAAACCAUUUAUCUUUGUUCAAAAUAUGGAGCAGUUUUUACAGACAAGUUCACCUUCAUUUGGUCCCGAUGAUCCAGUAAAACAGAAACCCCGGUUCCAGAGCAAACCAGACAGAAGACAUGCCCUUUAUAAAAAGCAUGAAGUGGCAGCUGCAUUCAUGGAGACCAAAAAGACUAAAGCUUCUAAGAUGCUUGAAGAUAUAAAAGCACUGGAGAAGGAGCAGCUUAAAACAGUGGAGGAUGUCUUACAGCAUGGAAUACCAGAUACGACAAAAGUUGUUCAUCUCUUCUCUGAUUGUGUAACUAAGGAAAUAUCAAUUUACAAUUUGUAAUCAUCCAAUCCAACUGGAUACUUCUGUGGUGAUAUUUCUGAUUUUAAGAUAUAUUGCCACAAAAGGAAGCAUCUAACUUUCAAAUUGGCCUGUAAUACCCAAUAAUAACUUAUCCAUGUUGAGCACCCCUUAUUCAAAAUGCUUGGGGUCGGAAGUGUUUUGGAUUUUGGAUUUUUUGGAAUUUUGAAAUAUUUGCAUUUAUAUAAUAAGAUAGCUUGGGAUGGGACCCAAAUUUAAACACAGCAUCGAUUUACAUUACAGUAUAUAUAAUGCACGAAGGUCUGGCUAUGCUGACUGCUAAAAACAAACUGGUGCCAACAGGGUCCCACUCAGGGGAUGUGAGAUUGUCUCGGAAUUGUCUGUGGUACGCAGAGACCCGCACAUCACCUAGGAACCUUCCUAGCACCUUGUGGAGUUUUCUAUUUGUGGGUUUUUGUCAGCACUCAAAAGUUUUGGAUUUUGGAAUUUCAGAAAAGGGGUGCUCAACCUGAUAUAAAUAUAUAAUAGAUAGAAAUUUUAAAAAUAGUAUAUUUUGCAAUAUUUUUAUUAAAGCCACACUAUUAUAAUUUCACUAAUGCCACCAUUAGUGGCAUUGCCAUGACAGUAAUCUGAAUAAUGAUUUUCCCUACUUGGAUCAGGUCACAAGCAUGUCUCCUAGGUCCAGUCAGUUGUAAAAAUGGCAUUCCCUUCUCUCAGUUCCUCCAUCUCUGCCGCAUCUGUUCUCAGGAUGAGGCUUUCAGAAUCUCCUAGUUCCAUUCCCAUUCUGAUGUGUCUAUCCAUGGUCUUGUGCAAAAAUGAGGACAAGCUCUAGUUGGAGGAGCAACACCUCAUAUUCCAUUUAGGUAGCCUCCACUCAUUGAUUUCUCUAACUUCCAGUUCUUUCUCCCCCUCUAUUGUUCUUUCUUUUAUAAUUUCCCUUCAGGUUACCCUCUCACUCCUGUUCUCCUAACCUAUCCAUCAUCUCCCUUUGGUCCCUCUUCUCUUUCUUCAAUGGUCUAUUCUCCUCUCAUAUUGGAUUAAUUUUUCAUCUAUCCCCUCCUAGCAUCUUACUUCAUCCCUCCCUCCCGCACCCAAUCCAUCUGACCCCUCACCUGUUUCCCUGAUCACCUGCCAGCUUGUACUCCUUCCCCUCCCCCAAAACUUUCUUAUUCUGCCUUCUUGCCUCUUCCUUUUCAAACCAGAUGAAGGGUCUUGUCCUGAAACAUCAACUGUCUAUUACCCUCUAUAGAUACUGCCUGAUGUGCUGACUUCAUCCUGCGUUUUGUGUGUGUUUAUCAAGGUUUUCCAGCAUCUUGUGUGUACAGAAUGUCACCUAGAGCAAUGAAAGGAUCUCUCAACAGUUUCUUCAAAGACAAUGGUUACUGCCCUACAUUGGUUGCUGUCCUAUUGGCCUAGAAAGCUGACACACCUUUCACACUAUUCUUUAGAUUUAAGUAAGCUCACUUCCAAUGUUCUCCGUUCCCAUUAAGUCAUGGCACCAGUGUGGCAUAGCAGUCUUUACAGAUGUACUGUAUAUAAAAUGCAUGGAAAAUCAUUUCAAAUUAUUUCAACCAUUGAAAAGGAAAUGAGAGGCACAGGUUCAUAACUGGAACAUAUUAAUUUAGGAAUGGUGCUCCUAGUUCUUCACAAAUAGUCAAGAUUCAGUGGACUUCCAGGUAGAUUAGUGGUACAAAUACCUUUGAAUUCUCCAAAUUUACAUUUUAUAGUAUCACUUUCUAAGGAAAGGUACUUGAAUACCCCUCUGGUUUCGACUGCUCCAAUGUUUCCAUGGCCACCUUUCAUCUUCUGUAUAAAUCUUAAUUUUACAAACUCUGCUGCACAAUACUUCAUCUCACUAAAUCCUCUGUCAUCAACUAUAUCAGUAAGUGUGCAGAUGACAUUGGUACCUCAAGACCAUUCAUCUCACAGCCCUGGCUGAAUACUGAGGUGCACUCCGUACUAAAAGCCCAGGAUGCUGUCUUCAAGUGUGGUGACAAAACACUUGUCAGAGCAGCCAGGAGAAAUCUCAUCUUAGGAGCAAGCGGGCAAAGGCUGCCUACUCACAAAAAAUCCAGGAACACCUAUUUGAUAAUGAUCUCUGGCAAAUGUGGCUGGGCAUCAAGGGCAUUACUGACUACGCAAGGGAAAACAGCAUUGACUGUACCAGUGACACCUUCCUCCCUAUUGCUCUAAACAAUUUUUAAUGCCUACUGUGGGCCACAAAAACUACCCCUCUCACAGGUGAGUAGCCUGUGUCUGUAACAGCAGCAGACAUGAGAAGGACUCAGCAGAGAGUCCACCCCGUAAGGCAUCCAGGCCAGAUAACAUCUCAGGCCGAGUACUUGAGUGUGCAUGCCAGCUCACUGACAUCUUCAACACAUCACUCAUCCAAGCUACUGUCCCCACAUGCUUCAAAUCAGCCACCAUCGUCCCUGUAUCAAAGAACUAAAUGACCACUGCUCAGUAGAACUGCACUAAUCAUCAUUAAACGAUUUGAAUGGCUGGAACAUAUCAAAAACUCCUUUUCUACUACAUUGGACACUCAAAGUUGAAAGUAAAUUUAUUAUCAAAGCACAUAGAAGUCACCAUACACAACCCCGAGUUUCAUUUUCUUUUCAGACACUCACAGUAAAUGCAAGAAACACAGUAGAAUCAAUGAAAGACCAUAGCCAGCAGGACAGAUAACCAACCAAUGUGCAAAAGACAAGCUGUGCAAAUACAAAUAGAAAGAAAAAAACAAAAUAAUCAGAAUAAUAAUAAAUAAGCAACAAAUAUUGAGAACAUGAAAUGAAGAGUCCUUGUAAGCAAGUCCAUAGGUUGAGGGAGCUGUUCAGUGAUGGGGCAAGUGAAGUUAUCUUUUCUGGUUUAAGAGCCUGAUGGUUGAGAGGUAAUAACUGUUCUUGAACCUACUGGUGUGGGUCCUGAUGCUCCUAUACCUUCUCCCUGAUGGCAGCAGCGAGAAGAGAGCAUGGCUUGGAUGGAUGCUGCUUUCCAGCAACAGCGCUCCAUGUAGCUGUACUCAAUGGGGGUGGGAAGGGCUUUAACUGUGAUGGACUGGGCUGUAUACACUGCUUCCAUUCAAGCAAAUUGGUGUUUCCAUACCAUGCUGUGAUGCAACCCGUCAAUAUACUCUCCACCACACACCUAAAGAAGUUUGUCAAAGUUUUGACUUUCUCCACCUCUGAUCCCCCGAUGAGGACUGGCUCAUGCACCGCCCGGUUCCUCCUCCUGCAGUCUGUAAUCAUUUUCAUGCUGAGGUUGUUGUUGUGGCGACAUUCUACAAGAUUUUCAACUUCCCUCCUAUGUACUGAUUCGCCACCACCUUUGAUUCGGCCCAUGCUUAAAUACUAUACUACGAAGACAAGCCAGAAACCAUGGCUGACUGCAGAGAUUCAUGCUCUGCUUAGGGAUCAGGAGUUGCCUUCAGAUCGAGGGACAGGAGGACUCUAAGGUCAGCAGGAGUCAUGCUCUGCCAUGCCAUUAGGAAGACAAAGUGUGAGUACGCACAGAAAAUUCACACCUUUGUGACAGCAGGGACAUGCACUGCAUGUGCCAAGGUAUACAAACCAUAAAUGAUUACCCUCUGCAUCAAUCACAGAAAUGUCUCCCUUCCUGACGGGCUGAAUGCUUUCUAUGCACAAUUAGAUGCAAUGAAUGAUGUGAUGCUCCCUUUCCCCCUGAGGAACAGGCACCCUGUCUGGCUGCAGCCAAGCUGAGGAGGAUCCUAGCCAGGGUAAACCAUGCAAAGUUAUGGGGCCAGACAACAUACAUGGUCAGAUGCUGAGGUACUGUGAAGCCCAGCUAAAAGUGGUCUUAAUGGACAUCUUUAAUAUCUCUUUCAAACAGUCCAUUGUCCCUACAACGUCAAGGCAGCCACCAUUAUCCCAGUUCCCAAGAGAGCGACAGUAAUUGGCCUAAACAAUUACCAUGCAGUGGGCACUGACUUCAACAAUCAUGAAGUGCUAGUGAAUCAUAUAAAAUCUCACAUUCCAGCUACAUUGACCCUUUCCUGUUUGCCUACUGCUCAAACCGGUCCACCGAUGAUGCCAUGGCCUUGGCUUUCUACUCUGUCCUGCCCACCUAAAAAAUGACACCUUAUAUACCAGGAUGUUCUGCGACUUCAGCUCCGCAUUUAACAAGAUCAUCCCCGAGAGGCUGGUGGAUAAAUUGUCCUUGUUGGGAAUCAACACCCCUAUCUGUAACUGGAUCUUGGACUUCUUGACAGAAAGACCCCAGUGAGUCCGAGUUGGUAGCAACAUCUUGAUGCUAAGCACUGGUGCUCCCCAGAAUUGUGUGCUCAUCCCACUGCUGACUCACUACUGCAUUACCAGUUUCAGCCCAAACUGGACCAUCAAGUUCGCUGACAGUGGUUGGCCUCAUCAGCAACAAUGAUGAGUCAGCAUACACAGAGGAGGUUGAGAGGCCUGUCAAACAGUGUGAGAACAACAACCUGAGACUCAAUGUUAACAAGACAUAAGAGAUGAUUGUGGACUUCAGGCAGGUGCAGGUCGACCACUCCAUUGCAUAUCAAUGGCUCUGCCAUGGGGAGAGUGAAGAGCAUGAAGUUCCCUGGUGUGCACAUAACAGACAUUCUAACCUGGACCCACAACACCUCCUCAUUAGUCAAGAAGGCAUAGUAGCAUCUACACUUCCUGAAGAGAAUGAGGUGUGCAAAGCUCUUCACCCUCAUUCUAACAACUUCCCACAGGAGCGCCAUCAAGAAUGCUCUUUAUGGCUGCAUCGUUGUGUGGUAUGGAAGCUGCAAGGCAUCAGACCACAAGACUCUGCAGGCAAUAGUAAAAAUCUCUGAGAGGAUCACCAGGGCCUCCCCCAUAUUUCUGACAUUUAUCAAGAGUGAUGCAGAUGAAGGGCCUGAAGCAUUGUUGAAGAUCCCUACUACCCAUCCCAUAGUCUCUUUGAUCCACUACCAUCAGGAAGGAGGUACAGAAGCACCAAGACUAGGACUACCAGCCUGGGUAACUCAGGGUAACCCCUUCCCUUGGGUUGUGAGACUAAUGAAUAUACUGCCACCACCAAGGUCAUGUCACUAGGACAGUGAGCUGAUUACUGUUUACUUGGGUAGUGCACUACAUAAAUUUUGAAUUAUAUUUCAUUGAUUUAUUUACAGUUAUAUUUUGGUUUAUGUACUGUGUAUGCUAUAUAUUUUUGGGUGACCGUGGGACAUUGUUUUGUUGUAUGAACUUACAAUCAGAUGACAAUAAACUUGAACCGCUCUACAACCGAUGCCAUAGCAUCAGUCACACACCUGGCGCUGGCACACCUAGCAAACAAGGACACUUAUGUUAGAAUACUGCUUCUGGAUUUCAUUUUACCAUAUAACAAACACAGCACGGAAACAGGCCAUCUCGGCCCUCCUAGUCCGUGCCGAACUCUUAAUCUCACCUAGUCCCACCUACCCGCACUCAGCCCAUAACCCUCCACUCCUUUCCUGUCCAUAUACUUAUCCAAUUUUACCUUAAAUGACACAACUGAACUGGCCUCUACUACUUCUACAGGAAGCUCAUUCCACACAGCUAUCACUCUCUGAGUAAAGAAAUAACCCCUCGUGUUUCCAUUAAACUUCUGCCCCUAACUCUCAAAUCAUGUCCUCUCGUUGGAAUCUCCCCUACUCUCAAUGGAAACAGCCUGUUCACGUCAACUCUAUCUAUCCCUCUCAAAAUUUUAAAUACCUCGAUCAAAUCCCCCCUCAACCUUCUACGCUCCAAUGAAUAGAGACCUAACUUGUUCAACCUUUCUCUGUAACUUAAGUGCUGAAACCCAGGUAACAUCCUAGUAAAUCGUCUCUGCACUCUCUCUAAUUUAUUGAUAUCUUUUCUAUAAUUCGGUGACCAGAACUGUACACAAUAUUCCAAAUUUGGCCUUACCAAUGCCUUGUACAAUUUUAACAUUACAUCCGAACUUCUGUACUCAAUGCUCUGAUUUAUAAAGGCCAGCGUUCCAAAAGCCUUCUUCACCACCCUAUCUACAUGAGACUCCACCUUCAGGGAACUAAGCACUGUUAUUCCUAGAUCUCUCUGUUCCACUGCAUUCCUCAAUGCCCUACCAUUUACCCUGUAUGUUCUAUUUGGAUUAUUCCUGCCAAAAUGUAGAACCUCACACUUCUCAGCAUUAAACUCCAUCUGCCAAAGUUCAGCCCAUUCUUCUAACCGGCAUAAAUCUCCCUGCAAGCUUUGAAAACCCACCUCAUUAUCCACAACACCUCCUACCUUAGUAUCAUCGGCAUACUUACUAAUCCAGUUUACCACCCCAUCAUCCAGAUCAUUUAUGUAUAUUACAAACAACAUUGGGCCCAAAACAGAUCCCUGAGGCACCCGCUAGUCACCGGCCUCCAUCUCGAUAAACAAUUAUCCACCACUACUCUCUGGCAACUCCCAUCUAGCCACUGUUGAAUCCAUUUUAUUACUCCAGCAUUAAUACCUAACGACUGAACCUUCUUAACUAACCUUCCAUGUGGAACUUUGUCAAAGGCUUUGCUGAAGUCCAUAUAGACUACAUCCACUGCCUUACCCUCGUCAACAUUCCUCGUAACUUCUUCAAAAAAUUCAAUAAGGUUUGUCAAACAUGACCUUCCAAGCACAAAUCCAUGCUGGCUACUCCUAAUCAGAUCCAGAUAAUUAUUAAUACUAUCUCUAAGAAUACUUUCCAUUAAUUUACCCACCACUGAUGUCAAACUGACAGGUCUAUAAUUGCUAGGCUUACUUCUAGAACCCUUUUUAAACAAUGGAACCACAUGAGCAAUACGCCAAUCCUCCGGCACAAUCUCCGUUUCUAAUGACAUCUGAAAGAUCUCCGUCAGAGCUCCUGCUAUCUCUACACAAACUUCCCUCAAGGUCCUGGGGAAUAUCCUGUCAGGACCUGGAGAUUUAUCCACUUUAAAAUUUUUUAAAAGCGCCAGUACUUCCACCUCUUUAAUUGUCAUAGGUUCCAUAACUUCCUUACUUGUUUCCCACACCUUACACAAUUCAAUAUCCUUCUCCUUAGUGAAUACCGAAGAGAAGAAAUCGUUCAAAAUCUCUCCCAUCUCCCUUGGCUCCACACAUAGCUGACCACUCUGAUUCUCUAAGGGGCCAAUUUUAUCCCUCACUAUCCUCUUGCUUUUAAUAUAACUGUAGAAACCUUUCGGAUUUACUUUCACCUUAUUUGCCAAACCAACCUCGUAUCUUCUUUUAGCUUUUCUAAUCUCUUUCUUAAGAUUCCUUUUACAUUCUUUAUAUUCCUCGAGCAAUUCCUUUACUCCAUGCUGCCUAUAUCUAUUAUAGACAUCCCUCUUUUUCUGAACCAAGUUUCUAAUAUCCCUUGAAAACCAUGGUGCUUUCAAUCCUUUAACUUCUCCUUUCAACCUAACAGGAACAUAAAGAUUCUGUACCCUCAUAAUUUCACCCUUAAAUGACCUCCAUUUCUCUAUUACAUCCUUCCCAUAAAACAACUUGACCCAAUCCACUCUAAAUCCCUUCGCAUCUCCUCAAGGUUAGCCUUUCUCCAAUCAAAAAUCUCAACUCUAGGUCCUAUCCUGUCCUUCUCCAUAAUUAUAUUGAAGCUAAUGCUAUUGUGAUCACUGGACCCGAAGUGCUCCCCAACACAUACAUCUGUCAGCUGACCUAUCGCAUUCCCUAACAGGAGAUCCAACACUGCCCCAUCUCUAGUCGGUACUUCUAUGUAUUGUUUUUUUUUAAACUUUUAUUGCAUUUUUAAGUAGUUACAAAAUGAAGUAUGGAAAAUAAAAUGUAUAUAACCCUUCCCCCCUCCCCUUAA